AUGGACACGCUGGAGGGCUUCAAGUCGGCCUUUGUGACCAUGGUCUCAGGAAGCAUCUCCGAUGGGUUUGAUGACCUUGCCGCCUCUGUGCGCCGCUCGGGUGCUGUUGUCGGUCUUGGCCUGGCCACUGCUGGAUUUUUCAUCGGUGUUGGCCUGAUCAUGUCCACCGUCCUGGCUUCCUAUCUGGAACACAGUCAUACUUGGGGCGAGGACGAUGAUCGACUGCUCACGGGCUCCGCCUACCCCUCAACUCCGCGUCGCCCACGCUCAGCUGGCCGUUACUUUGAUACUGACGAGCAGGAGGACAUGGUUCUCACUGAGAUUCAAGAAGAGGUUGAAACGGACAACUGA